GGCGCUGGCUCAGUCUAGGCUGCUCGCCGCUGUCGCUCCUGGGCUGCGGGAUGACACCGCCUCCGUCCGGAUGCGCCGCCCUCGGCGCCCCGGGCACCCGCGUCCCCGGCCCGCUGGAUCGGUUUGGGUUCCCGCUGCGGCUGCUGCUGCUGCUGGUCUGGACGGCCGCCACCACCCAAGGCCACCCGAGGAGCGGACCCCGCGUCUCCGCUGUCUGGAAAGGCCACGCAGGGCAGGACCGGGUGGACUUUGGUUCAGCCGAGCCUCACACGGUGCUUUUCCAUGAGCCGGGCAGCUCCUCCGUGUGGGUGGGUGGACGUGGCAAGGUCUAUCUCCUCAACUUCCUCGAGGGCAAGAACGCCUCCAUGCGCACGGUGAACAUUGGCUCCACAAAGGGGUCCUGCUUGGACAAGCGGCAGGACUGCGAGAACUAUAUCACACUCCUAGAGAGGCAGGGCGAGGGGCUGCUGGUCUGCGGCACCAACGCCAGGCGCCCCAGCUGCUGGAGCCUGGUGAAUGGCACCGUGGAGUCGCUUGGUGAGAAGAGAGGCUAUGCCCCCUUCAGCCCGGAUGAGAACUCCCUGGUUCUGUUUGACGGGGACGAGGUGUACUCCACAAUCAGGAAGCAGGAGUACAACGGGAAGAUCCCUCGGUUCCGACGCAUCCAGGGCGAGAUCGAGCUGUACACCAGUGAUACUGUCAUGCAGAACCCGCAGUUCAUCAAGGCCACCAUCGUGCACCAAGACCAAGCCUACGAUGACAAGAUCUACUACUUCUUUCGAGAAGACAACCCUGACAAGAAUCCCGAGGCCCCUCUCAAUGUGUCCCGCGUGGCCCAGCUAUGCAGGGGGGACCAGGGUGGUGAGAGUUCCCUGUCGGUCUCCAAGUGGAACACCUUCCUGAAAGCCAUGCUGGUGUGCAGCGACACUGCCACCAACAAGAACUUCAACAGGCUACAGGAUGUCUUCCUGCUCCCCCACCCCAAUGGCCAGUGGAGGGACACUAGGGUCUAUGGCGUUUUCUCCAACCCCUGGAACUACUCGGCCAUCUGCGUGUAUUCCCUUGGUGACAUUGACAAGGUCUUCCGCACUUCUUCACUCAAGGGCUACCACGCGGGCCUUCCCAACCCUCGGCCUGGCAAGUGCCUCCCAGACCGGCAGCCGAUACCCACAGAGACCUUCCAGGUGGCCGACAGUCACCCUGAGGUGGCACAGAGGGUGGAGCCCAUGGGGCCUCUGAAGAGGCCAUUGUUCCACUCUAAGUACUACUACCAGAAAGUGGUCGUCCACCGCAUGCAGGCCAGCGGCGGGGAGACCUUCCACGUACUUUACCUAACCACAGACAAGGGCACCAUCCACAAGGUGGUGGAGUCAGGGGAGCGGGAACACAAUGCCUUCAACAUCGUGGAGAUCCAGCCCUUCCGCCGUGCAGCUGCCAUCCAAGCCCUGUCACUGGAUGCUGAGCGGCGGAAGCUGUUUGUGAGCUCCCAGUGGGAGGUGAGCCAGGUGCCCCUGGACCUAUGUGAGGUCUACGGUGGGGGCUGCCACGGCUGCCUCAUGGCCCGAGACCCUUACUGCGGCUGGGACCAGGGCCGCUGUGUCUCCAUCUACAGCUCCCAAGAGCCCGUGCUGCAGUCCAUUAAUCCCAACGAGCCACACAAAGAGUGCCCCAACCCAAAGCCAGACGAGGCCCCACUGCAGAAGGUUUCCCUGGCCCCGAACUCUCGCUACUACCUGAGCUGCCCCAUGGAGUCCCGCCACGCCACCUACUCGUGGCGCCACGGGAAGAGCGUGGAGCAGAGCUGUGAGCCCGGCCACCAGAGCCCCAACUGCAUCCUGUUCAUUGAGAACCUCACGACUGACCAGUACGGCCACUACCACUGCGAGGCCCAGGAGGGCUCCUAUUUCCGUGAGGCUCAGCACUGGGAGCUGCUGCGCGAGGACGGCGCCACCGCCGAGCAGCUGCUGGGCCGCGCCCGCACCCUAGCUGCCUCCCUGUGGCUGGGUGUCCUGCCCAUGCUCGCUCUUGGCCUGCUGGUCCAUUAGGGCCUCCUGGGGCUGGGCAUGCUGCAGGCUUCUGCAGCCCCAGGGGCACUGGAAAAUUCUCACACCCAGAGCCGGCUGGGCCCGGGAGCUCCUUACCCACCACUUCUUCCAGGGGGACUGCCUAACCCAACGGGGGAUCCCAGGCCUGGAGAUGGCCAGCCGCAGGCGGCUGCUGGGCCCUGGUGGGGUGGGGGCGUGGGAGCCGGAGAAUGAAGGCACUGACUGUGAAGCUGGGGCAUCCAUGACCCAAGACUUUAUCCUCCGGAGACUAUUUUUCAAAAACUCCUCUUCAAACUUGACUAAAUGCAGUGAUGCUCCUGGCCCAAGAGCACGUGGGCCAGAGAGUAGAGUUUGGAAAGGGGAGCUGGGACCCCAUCUCUGGACCUUGGAGCUGAGGCCUGAGUCCUUCUGGACUCUGUAUACCCAAGUUGCCCCCUCAUCCUCCCUCCUGCCAUGGCUGGGAGUGGCUGGUGUUCCUGCAGGCCGGGGGCUGCCCUCUGCGGCUCCCUCGCCAGCCCUGGGUCCCACUAGGCAGCUGCCUUGCAUGUUUAUUGAGGGAUGUUUGCUUUCCGGACAGAAGGACGGAAAAAGCUCUAUUUUUAUGUUAGGCUUA